GUACGUCUUUAGAGGCUCAAGAACAAGGAGGGCGUACUGACACACUAUCACCGUGCCGUGGAGACAAAGGGAGGUCUAUUACACCGGUGCUGUUGGCCUUUUGGUCCGUCGAAAAGUACGUGCGCAUGUAAAUUAUGUAUCUGCGGCUGCGUGAUGAAUAAAAAACAAACGUGUUGUUAUUAUCUGGUCUGUUUUUGUUUUUGUUUUUGCUGUCUCCGUUGAACCGAACAACAAGCAAGUCGAGGGUUGUGAGAGCCAGCUCUAGACUAAGUUAAGGGUGCUUCUUUUCGGUGUGUUUGGUCUUCGUUCGGGGUGCGCGUCUUCGCCCUCUUCUGGACGAUCGUUUAGGUACUCUUCGCCGGAGAACAUCAAGGGGGGAGGGGGGGGAGUAGGGCAACAUCCUCCCCCGUCUGGCUGUCUUAGGGACGACCGAGUCUGUUGGCGUGGUGGUGUCCAAACCGCCCAGCUCAACCGCGGAUGGUUAGGCGUUCAUGGCCUUUGUAGUGGGGACAUCGAUGUUUUUUGCUCUAUUUCUUCAGUUAAAAUGUCACUGGCGGUAUUUAUUGACGGAUGAUGACGACGGCGGCGGGGGUCUGAACACGCCACGCCGUGCGGCUCGAAGGGGAAGCAGAGGUAGAUGCUGCAUGAUGCUUGAUGGGGGCUGAGUUUUAUUGGUCGGUUUGUGUCGGGGGGCGGACGAAAGAAAGGAAACGCACCGGUUUGCGGAUGAACUCUUGGACAAACUUGAAAUUUUACUACAGUGCACGUCGUGCAUUUACGUGUUUGACCACGGCGGAUUCAAAAAGGGUACAGAGCCGCGCCGACCCGCUUCUAAGAAACCUCAACAUUC